AAUAAAUCAGCUUAUGCACGAUAAUACAGGUGCCAAAGUGGUUAAUUGUGUACUUGUCGUAGUAAUAUCCAUGGUCCAAAGUCUGUAAAACAUUUUGUGACUAUUAUACUAAAAUGGGAGGUAGAGUAUCAUAUGAGAAGGUGACCCUGCCAUCUGAUUGCGUUGUCAUAGUUACGGGGGCAUCAACUGGAAUCGGAUAUGAAACUGCAAAGAAUUUAGCGAUGAUGGGAGCUAAAGUUAUCAUGGCUUGUAGGAACGAAGAGAAAACUUCAAAGGCCAUUGGGGAAAUGCGUCAAGACCUUGAAAAACUGCGUCAAGGAAAUACGACAGGGUUACAACUGCCCGGGGAGCUUCAGUUACAUUAUAUGAACCUAGACCUUGCCUCACUAAAGUCUACCAAGAAGUUUAUAGAAGAGUUUAAAGCCACCGGAUGGCCACUACAUUUGUUAGUGUGUAACGCAGGACUUGCAUUAAACACAAUGGAGCUCACAGAAAACAACCAUGAAAUGAUGUUUCAGGUGAAUUACUUGGGACAUUAUCUAAUGAUCGAGCACUUCUUACCCAUAAUACAACGUUCAGGAGAAGACUGUCGCAUAAUUUUGGUGUCGAGUUUAGCACAUGGCAAUUGUACGUUUGUGAAAGAUGAUAUAGAGGGGAAAAACAAGACCAAAGAUAUGUCAUUCAAAUUAUAUUCAAACUCAAAAGGCUAUCAGGUUAUGCAUAUGUACAGUUUGUACAGUCGACUGCAAAGGAGAAGUGUUCAGAAUAUUGGUGUAUUUUCCCUCCAUCCGGGAUAUGUACAAACUGAAUUAGCAAGGGACAUCAGUAAGGUGUUUCAAACGAUAAAUAUUGUAUCGAGAAAACUGGGUAUAUCCAUUAAUCGUGAAAAGGGGGCGUUCACAACAUUGUAUUGCUCAGUGAACCCUGACCUCAAAGGAACGAGUGGUUACUACGACAACUGUAAACUAACAACGCCAAGUGCCACAACAAGGAACAAAGAAUAUCAGGAAAUACUAGAAAGUUACACACGGGAAUGUUUGAAAGACGAUCUCCCAAAAGAUGGCGAGGUUGCAGGAUAUGUUGAUACAUAUUAUACAGACAGACAACCAACGUGCUGAAGCAUUGACGGAUUACAAAAUAUAAUGAAUUGGGCAUAAUAUGUACAUGUUAAACGCUCCUAGUGUAGUGUUCAAACAGUUAUUACUUACUGAUAUACAAGUAUUGUAAAAUAUUAUAAUGAAUUGGGCAU